AGAUUUCUAUAAUGGGUUUGGUUUUGUGACAGUCAAACAGAACGAAGCAGCGAAACAUACAUUAUUGCAUCUGUUUGGUGAGCAAGGUGAAAAAGAUAUCACUAUUAAAUUAGUUCACAACGAGCACGCCCAUUUGAAAGAAAGGCCUGUGGAGGGUGAUUGGAGAUUACAGCCUGUAUGCUUUACCGUUAUCACCGGAGAUAUCGAGGAAAUAAAAUCACAAUUAACUUCCUUAUCGGUCGCAUUCAAAUCCUACUCGACCACCGCCAAGACAUCAACCAUGUUAUCAGUUCCUUCUCUCUCGGAUCCCGUUCCUUCUCCGUUAUCUUCUCCGUUUAUGUAUCCAGCCAAUGUUUCUCAACUUGAUGUUUACGCGCACGAUCCAUUAAACAACCUUAUUUGUUUUACAAACAAAAUGUCUCCUUUCUCACGAAGAGUGCUCCUGCCACCUAGCGUGAUGGAGACUAGAGUGGAAAGAGAACCAGUACAUAAAGCGCAAACAGGGCAUAAAGUUUCGAAAUUGGAAAUAGGAGCGGAGUUGGAGGAGGCUUUAAAUGAAGGACGUGUUAGAAAGAGAAUUGGUAUUUUGACUAGCGGAGGUGACUCACCUGGAAUGAACGCGGCGGUCAGAGCUAUCGUUAGAGUUGCUAUCGCCAAAGGAUGCGAGGCUUAUGCCAUAUUUGAGGGAUAUAAAGGUCUCGUCCUAGGUGAUGACAUGAUUAAACAGUUUCGUUGGGCUGACGUUAGAGGAUACUUGGCAAUCGGGGGGACUUUGAUCGGCACGGCUCGUUGCGAAGAAUUCCGUACACGGGAAGGACGUUUGCGUGCCGCGCAUAACCUUGUAAAAAAAGGAAUCGACGCGCUUAUUGUUGUCGGUGGCGAUGGGUCAUUGACUGGUGCCAACAUUCUACGAUCGGAAUGGACGGGAUUAUUAGAGGAGCUUGUGAGCGAGGGCCGACUAAGCAUUGACGAAACCGAACCUUACACUCAUCUAACCAUCGUCGGUCUUGUCGGAUCGAUUGAUAACGACAUGUCUUCGACUGAUAUAACUAUCGGUGCCGCCACCUCUCUUCAUCGUAUCUGCGAAGCUUUGGACAGCAUCUCGUCCACCGCUGCUAGUCAUUCGAGAGCUUUUGUAAUUGAAGUUAUGGGACGUCACUGUGGCUGGUUGGCGUUGAUGGCAGCUAUUAGCGUAGGCGCAGAUUACGUCUUUUUACCUGAGCGUCCUCCAGUCGGAGAUGAUUGGGAGGAACAAUUCUGCAAUAUAUUGAGAAAGAAUCGGGGCGUUGGCGAACGUGGAAAACGCAAGACAAUUAUCAUUGUCGCUGAAGGGGCAAUAGAUCAAAAUCUAAAACCAAUAAAAGCAGAUUAUGUCAAAGAAAUUUUAACCACAAAGAUGGGAUUGGAUACGCGUGUUACUUGUCUCGGACAUACUCAACGUGGUGGACGGCCUUGUGCUUUCGAUAGGAAUCUUGCAACGAGACAAGGCGUUGAGGCGGUUGAUGCAGUAUUGAGUGCUUCUCCAGAAACUCAGCCGUCAAUGAUUGGUCUACGAGAGAAUGCGGUCACACGCUUACCAUUAAUGGAAGCCGUCGAGCUGAAUCGUCAAAUAGUCACAGCGAUUAAAGAAAAGGACUUUCGUGCCGCCAUGGAAUUGAGAGAUCCCGAAUUUGGCGAAGAUUUUGUUGUUUAUACGAGUAUCAAUACGAACUACAGCGAUGACUUGACUUUUUCUGAAGAUCAGCGUCUCCGAAUAGGAAUAAUUCACGUUGGCGCCCCAGCAGGGGGUAUGAAUACCGCAACGAGGGCAGCUGUUCGUUAUGCCCUUAAUAGCGGCCACAUUCCUGUCGCAAUUCAUAACGGCUUUCCGGGUCUUCUCAAAGAUAACGUCCACGAGUUUACUUGGUUAGGUACCGAAGAUUGGGCGUCAAAGGGAGGCAGUGAACUAGGUACAAAUCGCACACUGCCGGAUAUUGAUUUAGGCAUGGUCGCGUAUAAAAUGCAACAACAUUCGAUCAAGGCGCUGCUGAUCAUCGGAGGAUUUGAGGCGUAUAGAAGUUUGAUUAUUUUGAAUAGCGAACGGCCGAGGUAUCCGUCCUUCCGCAUACCCAUGGUGUGUUUACCAGCGACUAUUUCGAACAAUGUCCCCGGAACGGAUUUUUCUCUGGGAAGUGAUACCGCAUUAAAUGCUAUUGUUGACAGUUGCGAUGCUUUGAAGCAAAGCGCGACGGCUAGUAGGAGGAGAGUGUUUGUGGUUGAAGUGCAAGGUGGUACGUGUGGAUACUUGGCUGUUUUGUCUGGGCUUGCGGUUGGUGCUACAAGUUGCUAUAUACCUGAAGAGGGAAUAUCUUUGAAGAGAUUACAAGACGACGUGAAUCAUUUCAUAAGAAGAUUUGGUGAUGAUGAUAAAGGAGUAAGUUCAGGUCGGCUGAUUUUGAGAAAUGAAUCUCUCUCGGACACUUAUACAACGGAUGUGAUAGCUAACAUUAUAAAGACUGAAGGCCAAGGUUUAUUUGAUUGUCGUACAUGUAUUCUGGGACAUAUCCAACAAGGUAGCACUCCAUCUCCUCUUGACCGUAUCCGGGCAACAAGGUUAGCGGUGAAGUGUGUAAAUUUCUUGGAAAAACAUGUUACUUCAAACUUGGCAUCGCAAGAAGAGAAGGACGACUUGUUGAAGAAGAACGCGGUUGUCAUUGGAAUUAGUGGAGCUCACGUUGUCUUUACGCCCGUUAUGGAAUUGCAACACGAAACAGAUUUAGUUAAGAGAAAGAGCACUAAAGCUUGGUGGCUUGGUUUGAAAGAUACGGUUGCUUUGUUGUCGAAAUGGGGAUAUGCACCCAUUGAUAUACAAGAAUCGCUUCGCUCUCCGGAUCGCCAACACUAA